AUAUUUUUUACGACUCUGACGUCACGGAUGUCGGCCAUAUUGAAUGUUGACAGAGCUCCAAGCACCAGGAAAAGAAUUUUAAAUAAGGUAAUUAACGUCUGAUUUGAAGAAAGGCACAGUCUUUUGACAAAAAAGGAAAAUGCCAUCAAGAGCAGAAGAUAUACUGAAAGGUUUUAAAUUAAAUUGGAUGAAUCUCCGAGAUGCAGAGAGUGGAAAAAUACUAUGGCAGAGCAGUGAUGAUCUAUCAAUGCCAGAGAAAGAACAUGAAGCUCGAGUGCCAAAGAAAAUCCUGAAGUGCAAAGCCGUCUCCAGAGAGCUGAAUUUCUCCUCCACAGAAGCCAUGGAGAAGUUUCGAUUAGAACAGAAAGUCAUGUUUAAAAAUAGAUGUCUAGAAGAAUGGUACUUUGAGUUUGGUUUUGUUAUCCCUGGGUCCACGAACACUUGGCAGUCCAUCAUAGAGGCCGCCCCAGAGAGCCAGAUGAUGCCUGCUAAUGUGUUAAAUGGAAAUGUCAUGAUAGAGACCUAUUUCUAUGACGGAGAUCUGUUAGUCAGCACAUCCAAAGUCCGGAUAUUCUACGUAUAACCCUACCCCACCCAGCAAGAAUACACUAUGAUAAUAAAGACAAAGACUUUAUUUUCUCAUUAACAUGACACACAUGUGACUUAGAUCUUGGUAGAUAUUGUCAUAGGGGAGACAACUGUUCUGAAAAAAAAAUAGGUUAUUUAGAUAUUGGUGAGGUUUUUGGUCCAACUUGUGAAAACUCCUGGGACUUGUUUUACAAUAAAUGAGCUUAAGGUUGAAACUGAAGUUAACUACUAUAAAAGCCGUGAUUUGUGAUCUAAGGUAUGAGAUGGGCUUUAAUUUUUAGAUACAAGGUUUAUGACACCCAGGAAAAAAUUACUUGAAAUUUGUCUCUACUGCCUAUCUGCUUACGGUCCUGCUUAGUUUUUGUUUUUUAAAAGUUUUUUUUUUUUAAUUGUUGUACACAAGUGUUUCUGAUUUUUUUUCUGCAGAGAUGGCUUUUUAUUUUUUGACACAAACCAUAUUCAGUAAGAUGUUUUUUCAAGGAAAUAUAAACUGAAAACUAUUUGUUUUGUCAGGUUUGUGAACGUGCUGGAUGUUUGGCAUUUACAUUCUUGUCACAGCUUUUUUUUUUUUUUUUUUUUUCCAAACAACAAAGUUUCCAGUAGAAUUUAAUUUCUGGUGUCAUUUUAAAUCAGAGGAAACGUAUUCUUUUCUAAGUCUACAUGUCAUGGAGUUAUUCUGUAACAAAGUGAGUGUCUCUUUCCAUGCAAUGAGAUCAGGAUCUUCAUAAGUCGGAGGAACAGAAAACAUGUAUAUUAUUCAGAAAGGUUGCCUGAAGUCUCAUAACUACAGUAUGGGUUUACAAGGAGUUUCUCUUAUGGCGUUUUACAAUCCUUUUCUAGAGUGAUCAGUGUACACCAUUUUGCUGUAGUCGUGCAUGCUUAAAUUAUUUGAUGUAAGUGAGAGUGAAUUCUGACACAGAGAAAAACCAGAACUGGUUUGGGGCUAAAUGACAUCACCAGACUACCAAAUUCUAAGACCAAUAUCUUGUAGUCUCUGUCUAGUGGGAAAUUCUCAGUAGCCCACUCUGCAAACUGCAUUCCAUCAUUUUUAAGUCUGACUCGGCUAGACUGUUAGCAAGAGUUCAUGAAUUGCUAACCAAACAUUUUAUAGGUGGCUAAUUGGUAUGUUGGCGUUUAAGUUCAAAAUUCUUGUUUACAAUAAUUAACCAUAAUUUUAAAUAUUUUAACCAGUUUAUUGUGGUAUGUCAUGCUCUAGAAGAUGUACAUUAAUUUCUACAAGCUGGAAAGAAAUAUAUUUAAAGGCGGAUGUAGUAUGUCAUUAGUGUUUACAUAGAUAUAAGAUGAUGUAAGAUAUUCUUGAAGCUCUUUUGCUUGGAUUGAUAGGUCUUUGAAAGUGAUGAAGCAAAUAGCUGUUUAUUAUGUAUAGUUGUAUAUUUUUCUUACACAUAUGAAGUGGGUCAUGUUGUUGAUAGUGUUAAUUGGUCGCAGAGAAUAAUUUUAAUUCGGCGUAUUUACAAGUUUCAAAUUAGUAAUAUGUCCAAUACUUUCCUGAACUGCCCAUUUCAUUGUUUUGAAAAAAAAAUCAGUGUAUAAGAAGUAUAACAUAUAAAAUGUACCAGUUUGAAUUUAAAAAAUACUGGCUGGUCGUUACCUCAGUUUUUGUUUGGUAACACGCAUUUUGCUUCUGGUGUUAUUAGACAUAUUAACUAUUAAUGGUGCAUGUUCUGUUAUAAUUAUGAAACUGAUCAGCUUAUUAUAUUCUCUCAAAGUUACUGUAAGAGCUUUAGUUUAAUUAUCUUUAAAAGCCAGGAAAGUAUUUGAAUUUAAUUUUUAUUAAUUUUAACUUAUGCUCUUUUUUACUAUACUGCAUUGUAUCUGUUGUCAGUCAGAAUGAUAAAAGUUAUCUGAACACUUCAAAAAUUUUUCAUGUAAUUUUGAGGUUGAGUAUAUAU